AUUUUAAGAUAUGGGGUAACAAAGAUGCGUUUAUCUGAUUGGACGAUGGCUAUGGGAUAUGAAGAAUCUUCAUGUGCAUUAUGCGAAGAUUACAUAGCUCUAAGUGGAGACAUUUGACCUUUUACUUCGAAGGCCGCAGAAAUGUUAAUCCAACGGAGCUAACACUCCGCCCCACUGAGUUGAUAUCGAGGGGAUGAAUCUAAAUCGAUAAAAUGGAUACCCACUGACUUUUUAUUUCAUGGAGCACUACACCUGUAAUUUACAGUGUGCAAUGAAUAGUUUCACGUUUUGUAAUGUAAAAUUGCUCAUACGUUUCGUAUAAUCUUCUAUCUGCAGGGGCAAUUAUAAAAAAAAACAUCAUUUGAAAUAUACUUUUGCAUGCAUGCAUCACGUGCGAGCUGGACAAGAAUAAUACAAAUUGAGAAGUUGCGAGAAGUAUGAUGACGGAAGUUGUACCCGGAAAAGAAAAGCAGCAAUUUACAUUUAAUACAAAGAUUGUAAAUGUUUCCCUUGUAACGUUUCGAGAAAUACAUUUUUAGACUUUCGAAAAGUUCAAGAAGUUUCGCGAUUCAUUCUACAUUCAGCAUAGACAAGUCUAUGAACCACGGGUCGACGUUUCACUCGGGCAUUCCACCAUGAAAGAAAAUCCCACUCCCAUGAAAGGUAACGAUAUACUACGGCGCAAGCUCCGUGCUCGAAGAGAGCUUGCGAGCCACACGACCAACUGGCAGACGUGUUUUCAAACAGUCGUCGGAGUUGGUCGGUCGCAUGGCUGUCUCGCGUGCGUCCGCGUGAUCGCAAAUUUCUUCUUCGGGGUAAAAAGAUCACGACGAAGCGAUGACCCUGCGGAUCGCAGACAGAAAUAAUCGUUGCUCGAUAUUAAUGACUCAGCGAGAGAUGUCGAUACCAAUCGCGCGCGUAUAUGAAAUUAAUCCUUGUGCUUAAAUUGACAUGAUGAAAAACAGAUCAGAUGUUACUUGUGCAAAUAUAAUUAGCGGCAAAGUGUAUGUUCCCAAUAAAAUGUGACGUAAACGUGCAAACACCAGUGAAUGUUGUCGUAUUGACGGUGAAUUGCAAAUAAAGAGGAUCCAGUUUUUCUGUCGUAAUUUGCAAAAUUGAUCUCACAAAAAUUUUGAUACAUGAAAAAGAAAUUUAUUACAUAAAUAUCAAGUUUAUCACGUUUAUAUAAACGUGAUAAACUUGAUAUUUGAUAAAAACAUGAAAAUAGUUGUCGUUAUCUGGUGAAAAGGUGUGAGAUGCAGUGUGCGCUAUUUAUCGUCCCCAAGGAUGACGGACACGAUCAAACAGCAUGUCUAUGGAAACGGCAUUCCUAGAACGAGAAUCCCAAAGGUAUUAUCAGCAAGAUAAUCGCUCCGUCCAAGGUUAUUUGCAAGUGGAACAACCAUUAAGGACAUCAUUGUGCUAUCGUAGGUGUCCACCGGAAAAAAGGUGUCCCUCUCGUAUCGAGAUCGAUUUACCUUCCAUAAAAAAUGUACAGGCAAAUUACUUGCUAUUUCCUGUUUGCAUAAUAACGUUGACACCACGCCGAAUACCCCGAGGAAAACUCUGCGUGACGAAUCGCGCCAUCCUGGCUGAAUCCUUGACUUGACAAGGAAACAUCUGGUACCAGUUUCAGGAAUACAUCAAUUUCGAAACGCCACUCUCCUUUCAUGCAAAUUGAUAUAUGUCACCGAGUCAUGGUAACGAUGUAAAGAAUGAGAGGGAUGAAAUUUUAAUGACGUCACUCCCGAGGGCGACGAUAGCACAGAAAGCACUGAAAUCCGGAUCGAUCGUGCCUUUUUUAAACGAUCGUUAAGCGCUCGCUCUCGACAAAGUCGCGAUAAUGGGGUUAUCAACAUCUAAUUCUACAUCCUAUAUAGGACACCUGCUCGCAACUACGCAGCUAAUAAGAUUAACACGUGGUAAUUUCCUUAAGUGCAUCGAGCAGAUCGGCCGAGUUUAGCGAAAGAACAACGAGGGUGGAACCCGUUGCGCAAACAAAGAAAGGGGUCUCUUCGCGAUCGUAUGAGAGUUUAUCGACGAGUGACCGACUAUGCUAGCUUAAACCGACCUACGUCUCAUCUCAAGUCAAGAAAGAGGACAACCCACCACGAUUCAGCGGAAUUGUGAGUCACAUGCCUCGAUGCGUGAUACAUCUGGAUCUUAUGACUAAUCAUCACCCUGUUCUUCGCCUGCCGGUACUAAUGAAGAUAGAUUAACAUUCAGAGGGAAAGAUUCGUAAUUGUGGAAGAAAUCGUAAAUUGUUUACUGCGAUUGACGUGCAUCUGCUAGCAAUGUUUGCUAUUUAUAUUUCUCGCUGUUUUUAACUUGGAUUUUCUUCACUGAACAACCGAGCAAAGCAGUAUAAACUUAAAGUCCAAGGAUCAUCUCGUGCUUUCUAACGAAAUAGCAUGACGACUGUGCGUCACGACGCGUAUUCGUGCCCAUAAGAAGACGGUAGCUAUAGCAAAAUCAUUUAAUCGAUGGGACACAUACACAUAUUUGUCGACCGACUUUGUGAACUUGUACUAUUAUACGGAAGCAACAUACAGGACGCAAACGAAGAUCCGUAACGAAAUAUUCCGCUUGCGUACGUGCGUUCGUGGUGUGGAAUAUCUGAACGAUCGUAUUGUCGUGAGAUUAAAAAUGGAGCUAUUGCGAGUGAUCGAUCUUUAGCUGCGCGGAACGCGACGUGCCAGUCCAUUGAUCUCUGCGGUUUGUUUUCUCGUGCGAGACGGUGAUUAAAUUUUUACGAAGCUGCUAUAGCCGCUGUACGAUAGUAUGAAGUAGUAAUGAAAUGUCGACAUGAAGUCGCCUGAUUUUUAUGUCAUGUGCUUCGAGAGAAAGCAGAUAUAAUAGAUAAUAUACACGAUGUUACUUAGACUCGUAAAAGCAAGAUUUUCAUUUCGAAGAUAACUCGUCGUCCUGGAUCUUCGGCGUCAGCGAGAUAUUGGAAUUUGUAGAAAUUGGAAAAAUCUAUCGAAAAGAUUUAAAAAAGUGGAUAUUAGAGAAAGAUUGAUAUAGAUCGUAGAGUGUCACGCGAUGGGCAGAAAACAGAAGCAUCGUAUGAUACCGGAACAGGAUCGCAGAAUUUGCGGCAGCAUAUGCUUCUUCCAGUUCACCUUUGUCAUCAGUUGCGUUGCCUUGGUCUAUCUUAGCGUAGCAAUCUACGCUCCAUCGUACAGAGCUUUCCACACCGGCAUCGAGCCGGACCCGGUGAUGUGCCAAACCGUUAACGCCACGAUGGUGAACAAUUGCGGCUGGGCGAGCUGCGGCGAAUGGUGCUUGACAAAAACCAGCGGCUUUUGUCCCCAAAUUCACGCGACCGUGAGACGUAAUGGUACCGAUGUAGUUUUCGAGAACUGCACCAAGUACAGCACGAUCGCAUGUCCUCAGGUGAACAUGGGUAGCAUGAAGAGGUACAAUUGCAACAACGGCAGUGAGUGUGGCAUGCUGACGGGCGUGUUCAACUGCAGUCUCGGGCAUUGUUCUAACAUGAGCGAGCUGAUGCUCUGCCACCACAAGGCGGACGGUAUCGUCGUCGACAGCGAGAAGGACAACAUGAAGCUGAACGGCUUCUUCAGCUGUCAGAACUCCAGAUGCACGAAAAUCAAGCAUGCCUUCACCUGCGACCGAUACUGCCCGAACAUCACCACCAGUGACAUCAACGUGUAUCUGAUGCAAGGGGACAACAUCAUUUCCGCCAGGUGCUCCCAUGGCGUGGCCUUGAACAGGGCGAACGGUAGUCUGCCUGGUACCAGACUGGACGAGCCCGUGAAGAUCUGGGACGAGCAAAACGGCAGCAUCAUCGCGAGCUGCUUUGCCGUGAAGAAGGAAGGCAGCGUCAUCAGCACGGAAGAUUGCGUGAACGGCACCCUGCUGAGCGAGCUCGCGGUUCCCCAACCAUCCAUUAACUUCACGAGCUUCCUGAAAAUCUACGAGAAGAGUCUGCAGCAUCCGGCGGAUCCCACAAACGCCUACGUUCCAGCUCAGCAGUCCCUGACGAUCUAUAACAGCUCACGACUGUACAUCAAUCUCGAACGUUGCGUCAACACCUUGAGGGGUGAGUGCAGGCAGUUCCAGGUCACUCACGGCCGCGACGGCGACAAUCAGACGGCGCAGAGCAGGUAUCCCUGCUAUUACAACAAGAACAACUCGUUCUUCGUGGUGGCGCGGUUCGACCUGAAGAAGACGCGGAUGGAACUGCUGAUCGCCAUAAUCGUGCCGGUCGCGCUACUCAUCAUCAGCCUGAUCAGUCUGAUCGUCAUUACGCGAUCGGUGAAGGUGGGAGACGACGCGAAGAUGAGGUGCACGUACUGCGUCGACAAGCAAGAGGUCGAGGACGAGGACGAGGGACUCGUGGAGGCAACGUCCUCCGCCACUCAAAGUCAGGCCAACGAGAACGAGAUCAGGAGUAUGGCCCUUUAGCAGUAUAAGCUGCUGGGUUACGAAAGACUGCCAUUGAUCGACGUGGAUGACGCUGAAGAUUCCUUUUAAGAGAAGAGCAGUAGUACGGCUUUCCAAGAAUUUCCAAGGAUCACGUUAUCGAUAUCAUGUUACAGAUCCAAUCCUUUAUUCAGUAAAAUGAACCUCAACAGUGAAAUUCUCGGGUAACACGUGGGUGAAGUUGAACUUGUCAGACGGACGUUGACGUCGUCUUCCGGAACGAGAUGUAAUUAACUCUACUACGCUUACGGUAUUAUUAUUGUGACAUUUACGAUGAUGGAUCGUCGUGGCGUUAGGUUUGAGAUCGAGCUUUCUAUCUGGAUUCAAGCGAUUUCUCUGCCAGUGAGACUCAUCGAAAGUAACCCACUUGGGGUCCAAGUUAAUUAUUAAUGCUUUAGUUAUUAUCAAUUAAAUAUAUUUAUACUCACUGUUGCCUUCAAUGUAUCGCUAUCACUUUGUUCGUGCGCAAGAUAAAUGGAUAGACACUGGUAUUAAUCGAUGAUACGUUAAGACAUUGCCUCCAAGUAUAAUACCUUAAGAAAACUCAUUAAAAUAUACGUGUAACAUGCGAUAACUCCCUAAUCAAUGAAGGCGAAAUAAAAUACGAGUAAUAAUUGCCGAAACAUUUGUUAGAACAUUUUGCAAAGUGACGUCUUUUGACGUUUUGCGGUAUCUGCGCAACAUGUAAAAUGGACAAGCUUUCUUCGUACAAAUUAGAUGUAGAACAACGGCGACUCGGCUACCAACGAACGUGCAUUUAUAUUUUUUCUACAUCCACUUACUGUGCUACUGUAAUUAAUGAGUAGUAUUAUAACUGGAUACUCGCGAACAGGCAUACUUUUGAUAUAGCUGGAAACACUUGACGCGACUCUCUAUACGCGAACCCGAAUACUACGACUGCCUAUAUACGUAUAAUUAGUUAUACAGAAUAUAUAUUGCACCAUAUAUUUGCGACGCACAUGAUGCAUACGUAUCUGUAUCUUGUGAUGUAAGUGUAAAUAUAUGCUUUUUCAGAAGGAAGCAUUCAUAUAUUUACGAUAAUCGAUAUCGUCUGAAUUGUUGUGCCAGUUUCGUGUUAGAGCGUGUUUGAAAUUGACUAAAGCACACUGAUGACAUUGAAAUUUUUAGUUUUAGUCAUGAUUUAUGAAAAAAAUAAUAUUCAUACUUACAUACUCACGUGAAAUCUUUAUAGGCUUGAAAUAGGAAGUAAGUAAAUAUACUAUAAUCUCACGCGAGCAUAUACACGUACACGCAAGCAGAGUAGCUAGAAAUAAUCAGCGAAAGAGGAAAUAAAAUAAUAUUUCUGAGAUCACCACGUUCUAUGUGCCUUCUUCCGCUUUCGAUGGAGCUAAUAAAGUGUAAUAUCUACAAGUGCUACACAAGUUUACGAGAAAUCUCGUUUAUUCUCUUAGAGAAAUGACUAGUCAGCCCCAAUUAUUUCUAUUCUGUUAAAAAAGAAACGUUCCGAUUUCUAAUAAAAGUUUAAUCUUGUAUACUUUUUUAUAUUUGAAAACCAUAACCAUAGUCAUGAAACUAAUCCAAUCAAUGCAAUCGUACAAUAUUUUAGUACGCAUUCAGAAGAUAGAUGAGAAAGUCGGUGACUGGAAUAAUCGGCGAACCCAUUCUCGAAAUGACGUAAAAGGACAACGAUUACAAGGGAACAAUGCAAAAUGAUGGAGUCGUUGGCAAAGCGCGCACGAACGAUUGUGUGUGUAUAUACAUAUAAUAAAUGAUUGAUUAUAGACAUGCUGAGUAAAAAGGGAAAAAGAGAAUUAAGUCUCUUUAUAUUUCUAAAAUAUUGCGACUAGCAGUGCAACAUAAAUACUUGAAAUAUUUCUGUGGUAUGCCUUUAUGUCAAAGAUAUUUGUGACAUAAUAUAUGCCUGUAAAAUAUCGUCUCUUUUUUUUAAUAAAAUUACUUCAUGU